AUGGAGAAGAACAGCAACACUUUGCACUAUCGCCACUGCAUUCUGCAUCUGUUCCACUGCGGAGUAUCGGCCAGCAAAGCCUACAAGACGAUCCGCGAGACGUACGGAAGCGACAGCGUGAAUCACAACACGUGCCGCCGGUGGUAUCGCAAGUUCCAAGUGGGGAACUUCGAGCUGAAGGACGAGAAGCGCUGCGGCCGACCCCACGAGAUCCUGGACUAUGACUUGGAAGAGCUGGUGGAGCAGAAUCCCAACAUGUCCAUGCAGGAGCUGGGCAGGAUGCUGGGCGUGAACAGAUCCACGAUCAGCAGACGCUUGGCGGCGCUGGGCUUCAAGCCGAAGCCCAAGAAGAGGAGGAAACUACAAGAGGAGGAGGAAGAAGAAGCUGAGGAGUCUCAAUAA